AUGGAUAAGAGCAUCUUAAAGUGCCAGACGUACGAAGACAUUCUGUCUAUACUUAUAACACACAGGGGAGCUUUAUUCCUACAGAACCUGAUAACGGCGAUACGGAUGCUAGCCGGUUUUGUUAAUGAGGAGAGGAAGAAAAGGGAAAGCGAAGGCGACAGUGAUGUAAGUAUACCAUUUAGGAGGUACACAAACAGAUUUGUGAAGGCAGAAGAAGGGGGGGAAGUAGGAACGGGGUAUGUGACGGGAGGCAACCACUUAGAAGACGCACCAUACAAGCAAGAAGCUAGCCAUCCAAGUAAAUCAGACGAACUUCUACUCAGUAGGAGCAACUCCGAGCUGUGCAAAAGUAGAGAUCUUUCAGGAUUUGACAAAAUUGAAAAAAAUUUAAUAGAAAGGUACCAACACAUUUUCGACGUCCUAAAAAACAAGGAGUUACUAGAAAGUGAAAAUUUUUUUGAGAAAAACAGAAAAGUGGAGGAAAUCAUAGUUCGAGAUGAGCGAUUUAACUUGCUCAUAGAUGACAUAUACAAAAAUAGAAAGCACUUUGAUGUAGUCUCCAUCUGCCACAUUUUGAUAUCCCUGAAGGAGUUAAAUUACAAGCACUUCCUUCUCUUCAAUUCGUUUAUGAAUCCGCUAAAAAAUUUCGACGCAUAUAUUAAGGAACAGUUUGAAAAUGGAAAUCAAAAAAUCGUGCAGAUCCAUUCGGUUGUCCAGUUACUUCUUCAAUGCUUUAACACGUACAUUUGGGCUGGGUACUACAACCUAGACAUAUAUAACAGGCUGAUAAACACCGUCUUGUUAAAUAAUUUCAUCCAAUUAAGGAGGGAAAUUGUGCAUGAACAGGUAGGAAGUUAUGUCUACAUGAAUUAUAAGUAUGAUGUGAACUAUCCCUUGUCGAGUGACGAAAUAUUUUCAUCUCUUAACUUGAGUGAAAAAUAUUUUUCUAAAAAGAAUUUUUUAACCGACCCCCUGGGGAGGGCCUUCGAAGAGGGAGUAAAGUUAACGGAAAACGCACCACAUCGGGAAGGUACCCCAGUGCAGAGGAACAAGGAAAGCUGUGCACAAAAUAGUGUAGUAGAAAUUUACAAACACGUUUAUGUGUACAAUCCUUCCUUUUUUAAAAUGAGCGAGAAAGUUGUUUAUUACUACACGCAGUAUCUGACACCCACCAAUUUCAGCAUGAUAGCUGAUGCGUUUUCCAAGCAUCGAAUUUUUGCACUAGAACAUGAUCGAUUUUUUUUCCACCUUUCCAAGCUGAUGGAGAAAAAUUUUGAUAAAUUUUCCUACAAAGAUAUUUCCCUCAUUUUGAAUUCAUUCAAAAGGAUGAAUUUAUUGUUCCAAAGGUGUAUUAUUUUAGGGGCAGAAAAGUUUGAGCCAUAUUUUCACCAGCUUUACAUUAACAGAAAGGAGUGCUCCUUAACCCUAAAAGAAGUGUCCAUUUUAAUGGAGUCUUUGGCCUUUUUCCACUUCCCCCAUAAGGCAAUCGAUCUGUGCAUCACAGCAGCUGUGAACUAUCUGGAAGAUUACAUUGAAGAGAUCGACGAAGAAACAGCAAUUAAUAUUUCCUACGCAUUAGUUCUAUCAAAUCUGUAUCAUGUCAAUACGUACUUCUUCUCAUUCGUUUGGAGAAAAAUUGGAAAAAGUACUUACUGGGAAAAAAAGAAAAAUCAAGUUUGCCUGCUGUGGUUAUCUCAUAUGAUCCAGUUCAAAUGGAUGGAGUAUGACUUACCUAAAUUUUGCGUCUUGGAAUGUUUGAAAAUUUUCUUUUUAAAAAGAAAGGAGAAUAUGUUUUCCUUCUCCAAAAUUCUAUCGUCCGUUUCGCAAAUCCUCGAUGAGUUCCACAUUGGUCACGACGUUUCAGUUGACAUAUAUUGCCCCUAUGUGCUAGAUAUUUUAAUAAGGGGAGACAAAAGGCAAGUUGUCAUGCUCACGCAGGAUACCACGAGAAAUGAAAUAAUCAGACAACUCGGCGAUUCAAAAAUCGUCAUUGGCCAUUUGCAACUGUUUGGCUAUAAUGUGCGCCCCCUCAACACGAAAUAUUUCGACACACUGAGCGACAGGGAGAGGCGCGAGUAUGUGCGGGGCAUUCUGUUAUCCUUUUAG